UGUCACAACAAAGAACCUUUUUUUAUCCUGAUUGAUAGUGCUCAUCUGAGGCACUGUGGGACUAUGUCGAUGAAAGAAGCCAUUGCAGCAACCGACAAGGCUGCCCUAACCCGCACCGCCCAGGCGGUAGCUGCUCGCGAAUAUGAACAACAAGGCUGGCUAGAGAGAAAGCUGAAGCCCAAGACCAUCACCGCCCGAUAUCCUUUCAAGGGCGCUCCCUUGCUCUAUGCGACAUGUGCUUUCGGUAGUUUGGGCGAUGCCUUGUUCGGGUACAACUCUGGCAUCAUGUCGGGCCUCCUAGUAAACCCGGUGUUUGUUGCUCGAUUUUUCAAGGACUACGGCGGUGCGGAUGGCUCAACAUCCGGGGUGAAUCCGUCAAUCACCGGCAUAGCCGUGGCUUGUUUGCAGGCCUCUGCAGCGGUAGGCGCCCUCAUCGCGGGACGUCUAGGCGAUAUUAUCGGGCGCAAGAAAUGUGUCCGGAUUGGCGGGUUCAUCUACUUCUUCAGCGCGUUCAUCCAGAUGUUCGCCCCCGGGUUUGGCGCCUUUAUCGCGGGCCGUACCAUCCAAGGCUUGGGUGUUGGGUUUCUGUCCAUGACUGUGCCCAUCAUUCAAACGGAGAUCGCCGCCCCGCAUCGGCGUGGUAUGAUGGUGGGGAUUGAGUAUACCUUCCUCAUUGCCGGAUACAUGGUUUCAUGUUGGGUAGACUACGGGUUCAAUUUCCUCUUGCCUGGGGAGAUGUCCUGGCAGGGGCCGUUCAUCAUUCAGAUCGCCCUUUCGUUCAUCUUGUUGAUCAUGUCGUUUUUCCUCCCUGAGACCCCGCGUUGGCUGGCCAAGAACGGAUUUAUGCAGGAGAGUCUGCAGACCGUCGCCGACCUGCAUGCCAACGGUGAUACCGAAGCAGAGCAUGUGCAGAAAGUAUUCGUCGAGAUUGAAGAAGCUGUUAUCUUUGAAAGCAACCUCGGAAAGUCCACAUGGAUGGAGAUGUUCACACGCUACCGCAAACGAACUAUUGUCGGAAUUACGGUGCAGAUGUUCGCGCAGCUCAACGGCAUCAAUAUCAUCUCUUUUUACCUCCCCAGCACCCUUGCCACCGCGGGCUUCGAUGAACGAAAGUCUUUGCUCUACACCGCAGCGAAUGCGCUUCCGUAUACUGCUGCCACAGUCGUAACAUGGUGGUUGGCAGACAAGUGGGGUCGGAAGCCGUUGCUCAUCCUCGGAGGCAUCGGCAUGACAAUCCUGCUCAGCAUCGUCUGCGCCUUCACGGAAGCGGACCUGGACAUCCACACUCGCGCGAACGGGCAGUACGCCUUCGUCAUGCUCUAUAACAUCGUGUACGGGUUCACGUGGGGUCCGAUGCCGUGGCUCCUCCCCGCCGAGAUCUUCCCCCUGCGCGGCCGCAGCAAGGGCAUGGCGCUGGCCACCACCAGCAACUGGAUCUUCAACUUCAUCAUUGGCAUGGUCUCUCCGGACGCCUUCGCCGGGAUCCACGGGUAUUUCUAUUUGGUGAUCGCCGGGUUUUGUCUAUUUUCGGCUGGGCUGGUGCACUUCUACUACGUGGAGACGGCGAACAGUACACUGGAGGAGAUUGCGGAGCUGUUUGGCGAUACGGCGUUUGCGGGGGCGGAUGGAGAGGAGAUUCGCGGGGUGUCGGAGGUGAGGACUGAUCAUGGCAAGGAUAUUGCAUAG